AUGAGUUUGUAUCAUCUCUUCUUUUAUGCUCCUUGUUACUUUCGUUUGUUUGUUUGUUUGUUUCCCGUAAUUGCUACUUUUGUUUUUUUUGCUUGUAGCAGUGGCUUCUCCUUAGAAUUUUUUUCUUGCUUUUUUUUUUUUGAAAAAAAAAAUACCAUUUCAAUAUUUUAUGCUUUCUUUGUGACCAUAAUUAUCCAUACCCAUUUCUUAAAUAUUGUUCUCAUUUUUCUUUUUUUUCUUUCUUCUUGUGUUAUUUGUUUAUUAUUUACUUUUCGUGUGUGUACCAAACUAAAUUAUUCCAUAAUAAUGAAUAUGUGUUCCUCGCUGAUUGGUCCUCGUUCCGCCGAACUCAUUUUUUCAUUUUUUUUCUCCUUUUUUUUUUUCACUUCCUUUUUUUUUUUUACUUCCUUUUUUUUUAACAUGAGUCACGGCGGCGAUGCUGAUCGUUUUCUUUUAUAUUUCUCAUGUACCAAAAAAAAAAUAAAAAAAAAAAGAAAAACCAAUGUGAGGAAUUUUCUUUCAUUGUAA